AUGCAUUCUUGAGUACAAUCUAUUGUGAGGAGGAAUGUGGCUGUUCUCGUUUAGUACUUUUUUUUUAACGUAAACUCUUUAUCGUAAUUAUUAAUAGGCUGGUGUUUUUAAAAAUACCAAAUGAACUCUUGUAACUUCGAGCAUCUGUAGUUCUCGUUGUGUUCGCUCAUACACACGCGCACACACACGCGCUCGCGCGCACACACAGAGUGGGAAGUUCCUCACACAGCCUGACUGAAGAAGAAUGAGGAAACACCAGCAAACAUCAAACUCGAGUACAGCUAGCAGGUAACCUCCCGUCCUAAACAUCUCUCCGACCUGUCCGGACACUGAACAAGGCGCUUUGGCUCUUCUGAAACUCAGGACUCUUCUCACAGACUGAUGGCGGUUUCUGCAGCGAGCGACAGCGUCACAUUGAACAAAACGGAUAAUGGAGAGACGGAUCACGGCAGCUCAACUCACCCCGAGUACAUAGCCUUCGGCCUCGUGCCCGUCUUCUUCCUCCUAGGGUUGCUGGGCAUGCUAAUCUGUCACAUACUGAAGAAGAAGGGCUAUCGCUGCACCACAGAUGCCGAGGAACCUGAGGAAACUGAGGUAGAUGAGGAGAAACGUCUGGAAGACGGAGAUAUGAAUGACACCUACAGCGAAGGCAACACGGACACCGUGGGCCAGAUAGUUCACUACAUCAUGUCAAAUGAAGCUAACAAAGAUGCUCUGAAGGCCAUGGUUAGUGAAAACAGCAUAGACUCAGAAGGCGCUCCUGUAACACCAAUCACACCAUCUCCUGUGACCCCAAUCACGCCAACUCCUGUAACCCCUGCGAGCCCCGUGUCGCCAGGAGCUCCUGCCGCAGCAGCCAAACACACCUGUAACCACCUUCACACCAUUGGAGGAAUGAUGGGGCACAACAACACGUGUAACCGCUGCAACCAGAAGAAGUGGCCUCUCAUGUGGCGUGGCUCGAACAGGAAAAUGGACCGGCGCGCACACGUUGGAGAGGUCACCGUGCUGGCAGUUGGCAGGUUCCGUGUGACUAAAACUGACCCACGGUCGGGUCGUGAAAGACGCAGCCUGCUGAUCACUGAGCCUAACGGCAGUGUCCUCGUCACUCCUGUAAAGACCGAGCCAGCUUCACUGAACGGCGGCGCAGAUGCACCGCCCAAGGCAGAGGCUGACCAUAACAAGUGAACGUGUGGGAGCAAUAUCCGUUCAAGUGUAGUCAAAAGCAAAUUUUAAAACAUUUUUAAACCCAACCACAGCAUUGACAUAGCAGCGAGGCGAAAGAGAAGCAAACGACAAGAUGGAGGUUAAAGAUGGUUUCGAAGCAAAGCAGUUGCUGAAUAGGCCUUUUAAUUUGAAGUGCAGUAUUAGACUCCGACCUCUGGCCGUUGUGGUUUGUUUGCGUAUUUGGGAAGGGAGGAGGAAGGCACACCAGUUUGUCCGAGUUAUUCCAUCACCAUGUCAUUCCUCCCUUUAUAAACACACUGCAUCAUUAACCCCGCAGAGUCGCUUUAUCCAUUUUAAUGUCCACGAGCGUAUCAAUGGUUAAUCCACAGUCAAACAUACGCUCACAUUACAUAGUAGGCUACAGAAUAGUUACGUGACCUAAGGUCAUGUGACUCAGUUUACGACUUCCAAGAAGCAGGGACUUUUUUUAUUUUUUUUUAAGCACACUCUUUUCAGUUCGAUCACUAAACA